AUGAUAGCAACGAUUGACCGACGCGUUUGGAUUAUGUUUCUUUGGUAUCUUCUUUUGAAAUGUUCGCUCACAAACAUCGUACUCGUUCCGGUGGUGCUCGCGAGCCCAACCGACACAGAACACAACCCACAACCCAGCACAGGAAGCAAUAUGGAAGAUCUAUACCACCGAAUAUUAGAUGACAACGAAUUUAGCUCCCAUGCAAACAUCCGGUACAAUAGACACAGUGAGUCACGCGACCGGCAAACGGGUGGCACUGUGGAGCAGCAGCGUCCAUUCGUACGGCGCGAUAACGAUCCGCCCAUACCACCCCGAUGGCAGGAUCCAACAUCAACGCAGCGAGUCAACAAUAAUCACAAGAUUAAUCUCGAGCCUCACCGGGCAACCACUAGCUUAGGUAAUGUAAUGAGUGGCUUCGAUGAGUUUCCCGUCGAAGAGCGCGUCGGUUCGUCGGACCGCCCAGCCACCGGUGCUGUCGCGCUCGAGGACGUAUACGAGCAGCGAGCGCUGUUCGAACGCGAAGGACUGGCCGGUGUGUUGCGGGAUCCCGAGUUGCACGGCGAGCGGCACCGGGUGCUGGUGAACGCGGAAAAUCACUUCCCGGCCUACCGACGGCAUCGCCGAUCGUUGCUAAGACGCCGAUCGAUCCGAUUAAAGGAAUCGAUCGAUAAGGACGAAUCCGAUAAGGAAAACGAAAAGCUAACAUCGCACAGUGGUGAAGCUUCGAAUGCGAAAGUAAGCACCGAAACAGCUACGGUGAAACCACAGUCAAACUACGCCGCGCACCAACCAACCGCGAAUGCUAAUUCCAAUGUACAUUCAAACCUUCCCCGAAUGCCGGGCGUUGAGGAGCGUCCAAGCCUGCCCAGCACAGGCACUCCCAACACCCAAAGCUCCCCUAGCAGUAAGGCAUCGGACCGAGCGCCUACCUUCCCUAGAAACAGUAGCCAGGGCGUACGAGAUGCUGUCGGUGCGCCUACGGCCGUAAGAUCCGGCCAGCAAGAUGCGACCGACAAAGUCGAACACCUUUCAACCGUAACCGGUACGACUGAGCGAGCAAUUAUGCCGCCCCAAUCUUCGGCACCGGGCGACGGACAGCGGCAACAUUCGGCCGGUUCCAAUGCCCACCCGGCCGCCAUCACUAUCGACAGUUUCAAUUUGCUAGACGACAGCGUCUACAUCACGCCCGCCCACGGUCAUCGCAAUGACAGUGGCGGCGCAUCGCAACGGUUGCCUUCCCUCGGUACGGAUCUGACGCUUGACGCGAACGGUAACAUUUUCGGUCGCGAAAACUUCGACGAGCAAAUUAUCUUUCUCAAUGGACCGGAUCUGCUGGAGACAAGUGCUGAACAGCAGCAGCGAGACUUGCCCGACGACGAUGGAGCAAGGAGACGGCUUGCCGGUAAGGUGGCCCGAGAAGUUGCCCGGGAGGUUGGGCUGGAGGUGGACGGUUUCGUGGCAGAUGAACCCCAAGCCCUGCCACUGCGACCGAUCAUCCGUGGACCUUCGGACGACCACGUGGUGGAGGACAAUGUCGUGGUGGUGUACGCGGACCAGCACGAAACGGUGCGGCUAAACUGCGAGGUUGAUGCCGAUAUUACCACGAGCGUUUGGCUCAAGGACGGCCAGAUAGUGCACGUGAUGGACAAAAAGUCACGCACCGCCGACAUCCGGUUCGUGCGCGAACCGCUCGGUGCCCUUACGAUCUCCAACGUGAUGCUGGAGGAUGACGGUGUGUGGCAGUGUGAGGCAGAGAAUGCACGCGGUUUCUUCUUCAAUGGACGGCCGAUAAAGUUGAUUGUUCUCGAUCCACCGAAGGAGCCGUACCUUUUGAUCGAUUCCAGGCGGCUCGAUGCGGGCAACAUGUUCAUCCCGGUGAAGGAAAACUCCGAGCUGGCGCUUGCCUGCGUAAGCGAGGGUGGCAACCCCAAACCGACGCUCACCUGGGAGGUGCUGCUGAGCCCGGGCAUUGACCGGCAUGCACAGAAAAUAUCCAGCGAAGUGCUGGAGCUGCAGGAGAUCAAGAAGGAUAAGGACAAGGAACCGUACAAGAUCAACGCCGGUGCCAUAUCGGAGGUGAAGCUGCCGGCCGUCUUCCGGGUGCAUCAUAACGCCCGCAUCCUCUGCAUCAUGGAGCACCCGACGCUGAAAGUGCGCCAAAACGCAUCGAUUCUGCUCGAUGUGCAGUACACUCCGUCGUUCGCCAUCACGCGGACGCCCGGUUUUGGGUAUCCGCUUCGGGAGGGCAUUGAAGUUUCGCUCAAGUGUGACGUCGAUUCGAACCCACCCAGUACGCCACUGUGGCAGAAGGAUGACGGCGAUCCACCGGUACCGCAAACGGGCGAUGGAUUUCUCAACUUUAGCUCGAUCCGGCGGGAACAUUCGGGCUGGUACAAGUGUACCUCGAGGCAUCUCAAUUUCCAGUACUCGAGCAUCGGAUAUUAUCUCAGCGUGCGAUAUGAACCAGUGGACGUAACAUCCGAACCAGUCGAGCAGGAUCUUCCAAUGUCACCGUCUUCCUCAUCGUCUUCGUCGUCUUCCUCGUCUUCUGUUUCAUUGGCGACUGCGGGAGGCACCUUACCGGGUGGUUCAUCCACCGGAGCUGCCACAACAGGCACCUCCGGAACGGACCAAGCCGGUACCAAUUCCUUCAAAGGAGGCCAGAUGGAAGUGGAGCUUGGUGGGUCAGUCACGUUGCAGUGUCCCCAAGGUUCGCUCGGCUGUUGGUCACAUUUGGAUCCGCUUACGGCUCGACUGAAAGGACUCGGGGCUGGCAUCUACACACCAACGGGACAGUUUUCCCUAAAGGAUGUCGUCUAUCAGGACGCCGGAACGUACAAAUGCGUCGGCCAGAACUCAAACAAUCGCAAAAAACUUGAAGUGCUGCAGACCGUUUCAAUCGCUGUUAAAGGAGCUCCAAGUGUGAAUGCCCGAAAUACGACACCCGUUGCGUAUCCCGGAUCACCACUGCAUCUGUCAGUGGAAUUCUGUGCCAAUCCUCCGGCGUAUGCAGCCCGAUGGCUACAUGGCGAUCGUGUCUACACACCCGGAAACCAGUAUGGAACGGAUGUGCUUGCAUAUGGUUUCAUCGAUUUGCCGACACCGUUCUGCAAGGAGGCACGUCUAACCUACGUGCACAUGCACGAGAAGGUACCGCGAACGUUCUACUUCAUCGUUUCCUCGCCAGGCGGCGUGGCCGAGGCCGUGUUCAAAGUGAACUACACGCUCAAACACAAGCAAAUGGGGACCUCGGCGGGUGCAUCCGCUUCCGGUGCCGGGUCCGGAACGUUCGGUAGUCCCUUUUCCCUGUCCUCUUCCUCGUCCUCGUCGUCCGGUUCGGGAACAACGGUUAAUGGGGGCGGCACGGGGUACAAGAUCAACACCAACACCAUCAACACGGUGCCCGGCAAUGGGUUGGACGAUGACGAGGAGCUGAUGGAACCGGAAGAAAUUCACUUUCCUAUCUUCGGCACGGGAAGCAGUGCUGGCCGUGAAGCGCUUCCCGUAGCAUUCCUUACGAUGAGCAGCUUUCUGUGCAUUGUUGCUGCAAGGGCGCUCAUCAACAGUCCUUAUUAUUGUCUAUAG